AUGGGUAAUCGUCGUCAGCGUCAGCUGUUUGGAGAGGUUCCGAAAGUUGAUACGGACAGAGAAUGUACAGUCUUCUGUCAAUCACUCCAACAUGCAUCCCAAGCCGUCGAUUGUGUCAUUGCUAUGUCCAGCAAGAAUUACGCCAUAGAUGAAGUCAAGGUCUACUUCCGCCAUUUGUGCUGGAAUUUCCAUAACUUGUCGGAUGCUUUCGGUCGUACGGUGCUCCAUGCAGCGGCAUCCGUUGGAAACGUGGAGUUGAUAGAAUGGCUCAUCGACGCUUAUGGCUGCGAUCCCGACAGAGUUGAUGGAGAAUCGGGAUGGAGCGCUCUGCACCGAGCCUGUUUCUUCGGACAGCUUGGGGCGGUAUGGAUUCUCUUGCAGAAAGGUGCUUCGGUCGAUUUGAAGGAUCACGAGGGGCUUACGCCUCUGGACAUCCUCGUCAGAGAUCGAGUACCCUGGGCGAAAUACCUGCCCACGAACCCCUGCUCCCUACACGUUUGGGGAGAAGAUGAGAACCUCAGCUUGGGGCUCGGCAGCACCAGCGUGGCCAGCACGCCGAAAACCCAUCCGAGAUUCCCUUUGAGUUCAGGAAUACAAGAUAUAGUGAUUGAGAGGUUCCACAGUGCAUUUCUCACAAAGCAAGCCACAGUUUUCGUGAGUGGUCACGGCCCUGGUGGACGCCUGGGUACCGGUGACGGAAAGGAUCUCAUGGUUCCCGAAGAAGUUCCUACUUUCCGAAGAGUCAAUACGAAAAUCGUGCAGGUUGCCGCUGGGCAGGAUCAUACGAUAUUUCUCGACUCCGAGGGGAAUGUUUUCACUUGUGGCUCAAACAAAUAUCAUCAACUCGGCUUCUCUGCACGACCCGAAAAACUCCUAGAACCACAGCUCCUCAAUCCAAAAGCUUUCCUACUGAAUAUCCUAGAAUCGAUUCAAGGGGUAGGCGCAGGAAAAUAUCACUCGGCCCUGUACACCGAGCGGGCGCUCUACACAUGGGGAUUGAAUGCGGGCCAGCUCGGACAUCCAAAAUACGGCGAACGUUUCACUGUACUCCCGAGGAAAGUCUCAGCUAUUGAUUUGCCUUCCGAGAACAUCAGCAGUCCCUCCAUCUCUGCGAUAAGCUGUGGUGAAGGAGCAAUCGCCGUCUUGACAACGGACGGAGAUGUUUACCUUGUCCACGAUUAUAAUGUGAAGAAGGUGGUCUCCAAGCAGAAGGAUAUUACGAAAAUCGUGGUCGUCGGAGGGAAUAUUGACCAUGAGCGAUUACUCGGAGAGUCCUCCAAAUGCACAGAUCUCAAAUUGUUGACCCUGAGCGACACUGGGUACAUAUCUCUUUGGGAGGGCCGGGAGCUGCUGCAUUCGAGGGUGCAUUUCGAAACUGUCAUCAAGGUCGCAGAUUUCGCCUUGCCAAUCGAUGGCUCGCUGCACAUCGUAUCCGUGAUGGGUGAAGUUUACUGUUGUUACAUAGGACGCAGCGUCUCGACCGAGAUGGUUGGAUGGUCUUCAAAAACCAAGUCGAAGAAACAUUGUUCGAGAACGGUCACCGUCAAUAACUUAAGAAGGGUGCCUCAUCUUCACCGCGCGGUUGCGGUCAGAUGUGAUCCCAGAGGGAAGCGCUUCGCUGCUCUCCAAAAUAGCGCAAACGUCGGAGUCCGGAGCUUGAACAAGUGUGACUUGGAGAAAUCGCGUUCCUCGGAGGAAUUCAUUGAAAUGACAGAGACUGCUGCGAAUCUCAGCGACGUUCACGUCACCUGCGUUUCGCCAGAAACUGGAGACUCGAGACAAUUUGAUUUGCAUUCGGUGAUAUUGCGAGCAAGGAGCGCCUACUUCCGCAAGAUUCUCUCCACGUAUGACCUUGCGGAAAGCUACGCGGAGAGAAUCGAGAUUCGAAUCGAGGCGGAUUGCGAUCGUUUCGCGUCGCUUCUACCAAUGAUCUACGGUGGAAUCAUGGACUCUGCUGAGCUCCUCCCAGCUGAUAUCGAGUUCUUGCAAGCAUGGGAGCUCGAUUUCGGUGCUUCAAUCGAGAGAGAUUUCGCGACCGAUGUCCGAAUACAGUGUAGCGAUGGGGAAACAAUCGGUGCCCAUCGAUGCAUCCUAGCGGCUCGGAGUGAAUACUUCCGCUGUAUGUUCACGAGCGAUUGGCGAGAAGCCUGUAAUAGAGAGCUCGUCAUGCCAGUCCCCUCAGAGACCUUACGGGCCGUCUUAGAUUUCAUGUACACUGACACGUGUCCGCCCGUGAAGUCAUCACUCGAUAUCAACUUCGUGUGCGACGUGCUCGCAUUCGCCGACCAUCUCUUGCUCUCGCGUUUGAAAUCUAUCUGCGAAAAUGAGUUGUUCUCCCGUCUGAUAACCGUUCAGACCGUCUGCGAAGUAUUCGAACUCGCCAAAUGCUAUCAAGCCGACAAACUCUCUCAGGUCUGCGCUGACUUCAUCUGCGUCAAUCUCACCGCAAUACUCGAAUCACAAAGCUGCGAGUACCUGAGUACCGAUAGUUGGAGAGGACUGAGCGCGGAGUAUAGAGCCGAUUUCCGGGAUUGCCACAGACGAAUCAUAGGUGGUAGUGGUCACGAUCCAUCGAAGGAGCACAUCGAAGCGAUCUACAAAAUGUUCCGGGACAUUCUUGUGGAGGACGACACCCUAAUUGAAAAAGCUCAGAAUCAGCGCCUCGCACUGCCCAAGGUAUUCCCUACCAGAUUUUCGACGGCUCACGAGAGGCGUUUUCGGCCGCUUUGA